AUGACUCUGGGCAGGAGCAGGAGCAGCAGCUGCGGGAUCAUGUCCGAGAACUCCCCGGAGGAGGAGCCGCUCUCCGAGGUGGAGGACGCGGAUAUCGAUGUGGUGGGGCCCCCCCAGGACGGGGGCAAAUUCAGCGAGGAGGAGGAGGAAGAGGAGGAAGAAGAAGACGACAGCGACCCUCUGGGGCUGCCCAGGAGCGGGGCCAGCAGCCAGGCGCGCCUGGGGGGCUCCCCGGAGAGGCGGUCCCCCUCGGAGCCGGCGUGCGCCCGGGGCGCAGCGCCCGGGGAGAAGCCGCCGGCGGCCGGGAAGAACCCGCUGGUGAAGCCGCCUUACUCCUACAUCGCACUCAUCACCAUGGCCAUCCUACAGAGCCCCAAGAAGCGCCUGACCCUCAGCGAAAUCUGCGAGUUCAUCAGCGGCCGCUUCCCCUACUACCGGGAGAAGUUCCCCGCCUGGCAGAACAGCAUCCGCCACAACCUCUCGCUCAACGACUGCUUCGUCAAGAUCCCCCGCGAGCCGGGCAACCCGGGCAAGGGCAACUACUGGACCCUGGACCCGGAGUCCGCCGACAUGUUCGACAACGGCAGCUUCCUCCGCCGCAGGAAACGCUUCAAGCGGCAGCAGCAGCCGCUGCACCCCCAGCACCCCGAGCUCCUGCUGCGAGCCGGGGGGGACCCCGGCCCCUUCCUGCCCGGCUUCCCUUACGGACCCUACGGCUACAACUACGGCCUCCAGCUGCAGAACUACCACCACCCGCAUCCGCCCCAUCCCGCGGCGGGGGGCACCUUUCCCUUCCAGCCCCCGCACUGCCCAGCCCUGCCCGGACCUCCGCCCCCGGCCGCCUCGGUCUUCUCCAGCGCCCCCAGCCUCCCCUCCUUCCUGGGCGGCGAACUGAGCUGCAGGAAACCUUUCUACCACCCGCAGCUGAGCCCCACCGCCCUGCCCGCCGCCGCCGCCCUCCUGCAGACCCUCAAGGCAGACAACAGCCACGGCGGCGGCAGCAGCACCCCCCGGAGGCCUUCUUUUUCCAUAGACAACAUUAUCGGGGGCGCUGCCCCGCCGCCCCACAGCAGCUCCCCCACCUCCUCACCUUACGCCUCUGGCCAAGUUGGGAGCCAGGCUCAAGUCCUGGCCAUGCUGACUCCUGCUUUGGCACCGGUACAGAACCACUUAAACUUGGCCCACGAGUCUCUCCUGCAGCCCGGACAGAACUUUUCCAGCAAAAUCACAAAUCUGAGUAGCUGUCCCUUUUAA